UGUCCACACUGUGAAUAUUAAAAUUAAGACUAAACUGCAACGCACAAUAACACAAAUAUUUUGCGAUCGAAAUUUCGAGUACAAAUUGAAGUUAAGAACUAGAUAACAACAUGGCAGAGAAGACUGUCAGCGAAGAAGAAUUCCAGGAUGCACUCAGCGAACCAGUGCCGUCCAUACAAAAAGUUACAACCAAUUCUCCGAAACAAGACAAAUUGAUUGACGAUAUUAUAGAAAAGAACAGCAAACUACGUCUGGAGGAUGAUGAAACUGGCGCCGUGGGUGGAAAAGAAGAGGGCAACAAGGACGACAACGAUGACGAUGACAAUAAUGGUGAUAGAUUAGAAUUGAUUCAUCACGAUGAAGAACUUAGCCUGGAAGAGCUACAGCUGCGAGAGAAAGACCUUAGCGCCGAGGAGCUGGAACUAAACAAAGAAAAUGCCGACAAACUGAAACUGGAAGGCAAUGAACUCUUCAAAAACGGUCAGGCCGAACGUGCCAUUGAGCUCUACACUGAAGCCCUGAACAUUUGCCCCUCCACGAAUAGUAAGGAGCGUGCUGUGCUGUUUGGUAAUCGAGCAGCGGCCAAAAUGAAGCUGGAAGCCAAUAAAUCAGCCAUUUAUGACUGUACGAAGGCAAUAGAACUUUAUCCGGAAUAUGUGCGUGCGUUGUUGCGACGUGCGAAGCUGUACGAGCAGGAUGACAGGCCGGAUGAGGCGCUCACUGAUUACAAGCGCGUCUAUGAAAUUGAUCCAGGUCAGCGUGAGGCACGAGAGGCCCAAGUACGUCUGCCUGCCUAUAUAAAUGAGCGCAAUGAAAAACUCAAGACCGAAAUGAUGUCCAGCUUAAAGGGUUUGGGCGAUAUGAUAUUAAAGCCCUUUGGCUUGUCCACCGCAAAUUUUCAAAUGAAACAGGAUCCUAAUUCUGGAUCAUAUUCCAUUAAUUUUAAUCAGAAUAAUAGUUAGUAUGAAAUGCUGUGUCAUGUUUGUUAAAUUCUCAGAAUAAAGUUGCAAAGAAAAUGGG